UAUAAAAGGCACUGUAACUUGGCAGAUUCAGUAGAUUCAAAGUAAUUCAAGUUUCUAAGAUGCAGCUCUUCACUCGAGUUAUCCUUUUGGCUGUGACCCUGUUCAGCGUCAGCGCUGUGCCUCGUUUCACUGAGGAUGUGGGUCUCGAGCAGGUCCUUUUCCGCAUGGUCGUUGGUGAGGCUGAGGGACGAGCCCUGACUCCCGCUGCCCAGACCUGUGCCAACAACUACUUGAACACCACCCAGAAGAAUGGCGAUAAGUUGGCCAAUGCCACCAAUGCCUGCGAAGAGGCAGCCAACCGCACCAAGGUGUCCUACACCCAGACCAGCAACACCACCAUCAACCAGAUCCGCCUCCAGCUAUUGACCUUGGAGCAGAACCUCCAACUGUGCCGCAACGAGACGGAUGCAGCCCUUUUCCUGAACUGCACUGUUUCCACUUUUGACAAGAACCUGCAGCUUUUGGACACCUCCAACUCUCAGGCCUACCAGACUCAGUCUCAGUUCUCGAACAACUCCACCCAGGUGGCUGCUGAAAAGACCAGCUGCAUUGGCGCUGCCGUUAGCGAGGCCAAGGUUCAGUCUAUCCAGGCAGCCAAUGACUUCAAUACCUGCUUGGACAAGAUCGCUGCCCAGCGGGAGAUUCCCCAACAGAAGGUCGAACAGCAGCAGCCAGUGAGGCCCGCAGAGGUGCCCAAGGAGCCAGUUCUUGAGUGGCCUCAGCAGCAGUUCCAGGAUCAGGGUUUAACUAACUAAGUUAAAAGGAAAUUAAGAAACAAUAAACAGUUUAAAUGCAAAGAAAUAA